AAAGAGAGGCUGAGGCUGUUUAUGUGACGCUGGUGUUUACAGUGAAGUGACAGCGGCGUUAAACUCCGAGAUAUAAGAAACUUGACUUCUGAGACCCUCCGACAAUAAACCGAACUGACCGCUGAAGAAGAGGCGAAGUCUGUACUGAUGUCUUCUGGGAUCUACAGCUUUUUUACAACCCUUUCUCCGAGGAAUCUCUCUUUGGUGUUUACAAGAAUGAGAGGCCUCACGAACUACCAUCUAUCAUGCUGUGUGAACAGCUUGCUUCAGACUCUCUCUGCUACCUGUGAAAUAACAGACCUACUGGAAAGGUGGGAUGUAGCUGGCGUGAGAGGAGAUGGUCGUAAUGUCCCGCUGCAUCUAAAGAGAGCUCUUGCGGCCAUGCGGGCGGACGUCCCUCAGCCUGCGCCACAUUGUGACUUCCUCCACUGUCUGGACCAAAACUGCUUUCGACUUAAUGUGCAGCAUGACGCGGAUGAGGUGUUCUUCUCAAUUCUGAACUUCAUUCAGCAGCAGAUGGAUGACAAAGCUCUGGCUCAGGAAAUUCAGAAUCUGUACAAGAUUUCAGUGGAGACAUACCUGCAGUGUUUAGAGUGCAACUCUGUCCAAACCCGAACCAGCUACAUGCUCAGCCUGCCUCUAUAUGUAAAGGAGGAUCACAACUCUCUGGAAGGCUGCAUGAACUCCUUCUUCGAGCAUCAGGAGCUCAGGGGCAUAAACUGCUGCUUUUGUGUACAGUGUGAAACUAAGAAACCAUCCAAACAGGGUAUCAAACUCCUCUCCCUGCCUCGUAUCCUGUGCAUGAACCUGAAACGAUUUCGGAACAGGUGUGGUUUCACCCGGAAACUUGACUGCAUGGUUACUUUUCCAGAAACCUUUGAUUUCUCUAAAACUCUUAAAGAAGUGUUCUCUGCAGACUUUGCCCAGAAUGAGUGCAAGUACACUUUGUACGCAGUAGUAGUGCACUCUGGUUAUGCAAUGUGUGGGCACUAUACUGCUUACGUCCGCCACAGGGAGAACAAGCGCUGGUACUAUGCAGAUGACAGCCACGUAGAGCAGGUGUUUGAUUCUCAUGAACAUCCACAGACCUCCUGGGAAAAAGUGCAGACAGCAUAUGGAGGAAGAAACACGGCAUACAUGCUAAUGUACAGAAGAGAUUCAGAAGAAGAGGGGCGGCAGCCUGAACUGUUUGGCUGAGUGGAUGGGUGCAAACAAAUCAGGGGACAUGGUGCAAUAUAAUAUGGAAAACUUUUAUUUUAUGGAACUAAUUUGUAGGAAUUUCUGAUUUUGUUCUACAAUGCAAAAGGUUUUAUCUUCUAUAUUUCUCCUAAUCUCACUGAGCUCAACCAGCAAAGUAAUUUGUAUGAAGGACCAGUAGGUGGCGUUGAAGACUUUAAGCAGGAAAGGGUUUUCCACUUUCAGACCACACACACACACACUGUGAACACACUCACUGAUACUGGGGGGUUGGUCUCAAGUGAAUGCUUAGUUUAGAUAUUUGCUGUUUUGGGGAAAAUACCUGCAGUAAGAUCUGGUGUGCAUUUUUUCCUGACAGUGCUGUAUAUGAGUCAUUCAUGCAGAACACUGAAUGCAUUUUUUUCUCAUAUGGGUGACAACAUCAGCUUCUAUUUUAUGUAUUGUGUCUUCCUACAACUUAUUUAAACACUAUUAAAACUAAUAUGUGAUAUUAAA